UCGCCCUAACCGGGCAUGCAGCGGCUGCUGCGGCGGCUUCUCCCCGCGCUUUACUCGGCGCGGCCGGCGGCGGCCCGCGCCUUCCUCGCCCGGCGGCCCACGCCGGCGCUCCCGCGCCUCAUGGCGCUGCGGCCGGCGGCGGGAGCGGAGGGGGGGGGCGGCGGCGGCGGGGACCUUUCCCGCGUAGCCGGCGCGACCCCGGAGCACGAAGGGCUGGAAAAUGUACAGCAGAAGAAAAUCUUUGAAGAGAAUAAGAAAAGGACACAACAGAUAGAAGAGCCAUGUCCUGCUGAUUUGGUAGAAUCUCUGAUGGCAGAAAUGCCAUUUGUCGACACAGAUAUGGAAGAUGAAUUUGUUAUGCACGCAACCUCUGAAAUAAAUAUAAAAAAGAAAAGAAAGAGGACUACUGGAAGGGAAAUUGAAGAAGGCAGUGAGAGAAAGAAGAAAAAGAAAAAACAGUAUCAGCCGAAUUAUUUCAUUUCUCUUCCAAUUACUAAUCCAGAGAUUACUGGCAGUAUUCAGGCUGUCCAAGAUGCAAUAAUACAAAAGGAUCAAAGGCUUUCCAAAGCAAUGGUUCGCUCUGGCUCGUUGCAUGUCACCAUGUUAGUGAUGCAUUUAGCCAAUGAAGAAGAAAUUAGCAUAGCAGUUGGUGCUCUUUCAGACAGCAAGGAUUUUGUAGAAGAUCUCCUGAAAGGAAAAAUUGUGGAUUUAUCUUUUCAAGGAAUUGAUCACUUCAAAAAUGAAGUUGGAUUUGUGAAGUUGGCAGAAAAUGAUCAUACAACUAUACUUACGGAAAUAGCAGAGACUAUGAAGAAGAUAUUUCAAGAAAAGGGCAUCUUGGCAGGAGAAGAAAGAGCUUUUAAACCACAUCUGACCUUCAUGAAGUUGUCAAAAUCAACACAGCUACGUAAGCAGGUGAAAAAAAUUGACUCAAGCCUAUAUGAAGAUUUUAAAAGCCGUUAUUUUGGAGAUGAAAUCCUGCACCGCCUAGAUCUUUGCUCCAUGUUGAAAAAAAAGCAACCGAAUGGUUACUACUACUGUGAGUCCUCUAUUGUUUUUGGUGAAAAACAUGCAGCAGAGCCAGACGAUGCAGAGCUGGUGAGCCUCAGCAAAAGGCUGGUGGAGAACGCAGUGCUGAAGGCUGUACAGCAAUAUUUGGAAGAAACGCAAAACAAAACCAGACAGACUGAUGGAAGCCCCGUGAAAACUGAAGAAGCAGCAAGCGGCAGUAAGAAUGAGAGCGACAAUGAUAACAGCAAGUGAGCACUGUGCAAAAAGCCC